UUUUCUCCAAUUCUCGCCACUUUUUCUUUUUUAUUUAGCCUUCAAAUUCAGAUCCUCUCUAAUUUUCCUCUGAUUCUUUCUCAUUGUUAGGGUUUAAUUUUCUUUUUGAUUCCUCCCCCCCCAAAAAAAAAAAACCGUAAAUAAAAAAUAAAUCUAUGUCGAAGAAGAGGAAAUCCGAUGCUACGCGCCUGGACGAGGUGGAUCGGAGCAUGUACACCACCUUCUGCGCCGCUGCUAACUCGCUUUCGCAGCUUUAUUCACAGGCCAUGAACCACCAGCGUCUCUCUUUCCAGGCCGGUGAACGUCACGCCUUGGAGAAACUUUUUCAAUGGAUUUUGGGGCAGCAAGAAGAAGGAUCAAGGGUGACAACAGCUGACAUAGUUGCUUAUUUGCAGAAUGAACUUGAAUAUGGAGCAGAGGAGUCUCCGAUGUCCCCCAGGCUAUCAUUUCAGCAGCAGCAACAGCAACACCCUCAAACUGCAAUGCACAUGAACACUUUAAGUGCUCCUUUUUCAUCUACACCAAUUUCAGCGUCAACAGAUGGACAAGGAGUUCGUUCGGGGGAUUAUCGAGGGAGCCUUCAGCACUACCACUCAGUCCACCACCAGGUUGGUUUCCAUUCAAAUAAUGUUGUUGCAUCUUCUUUUGCUGCCAAUAGACCUCGAAACCAUGAGACCAAUUGCAGUCACCAACAGAAUGGGGGAGGCAAUUCCUCAAUCAGCAAUGAUUGCAUGGACAUGCCUAUGCAUGCUGAGAGUCCAGUCCAUGCACUACCUUUCUGAAUUUCGCUCUGCUUAUGUAAUCGUUCCCUUCCAUAAUUGUUUCUUUCUUCUGGUUUAGAUUUAUUUGUUUUAAGGUAUAGGAAACUCUAAAUUCUCUGCAAAUGUAUUGAGGUUAAAUGUUUAUGUAUCAUUGUAUUAUAUAUUUCUUCAAGGUAGAUAUGGCAAUUUGUUUA